AUGGCAACAAAACCGGCUUUUAAUGAGAGUUGUGAGUGGGGAAUUGUGGAUAUAUCAUCGGAUUGCAGUUGUGAGAUGGGUUUAGCUCGGAAUCCCACAAUGAGAAGUGGGGAUUCCUUGGAAGGGAUGCUGACUGAUUAUGUUGGAGGAAAGGCCAAGCUGAGAGUACAAAAAAGUGCCUCUGCUCGGCUUGUAACAGUCCUCACAUGCCUCCAAUUCGCCUUUGCCGUUUAUGCCACCUUCCUUCUGUAUUACAUGAGUCCAGCAAUUGACUUAAGGACCAAACCAGACUUCGGAUGGGCUACUCGAAUAGCGCAGCAAUGGAAACACUUCAUAAUCCCACCACACGUUGUGAGCCGGUACCAAGAGGCUUCUUCUCUCAUUCAGGCUGAGACCUGGCCAGUUACUCCAUCUGAAGUAUGUGAGCGUGAGAAGAUUGAUUUUGUGCAGAAAAAGUCCAAUGAUGCUUUGAUGAUCAAGUUGAAAACUGAGCUUUAUAGGGAGGUAUUAGAGUUCCAAAGCAAGUCCAUUGGCACUGAGACUCUUUCUGAGCUGAUGGCAAUGAAGUCUAAGUGGGGCUUGAAAGGCCCAAACAUCCCAAAAGUUACUGUGAUCUUAAACCAUUUCAAAAGAAAAACCCUUUGUGCACAGAUUGAAUCUUUGCUUCCCCAGACCCUUCCAUUCCACCAUGUUUGGGUACUUUCAUUCGGGAGCCCAAAUGAGCUCUCCCUCAAGAGAAUUGUAAAUAGCUAUAAUGAUUCCAGAAUAAGUUUCAUUAGUUCCAGCUAUGAUUUCAAAUAUUAUGGAAGGUUUCAAAUGGCCCUACAAACAGAAGCAGACCUUGUGUAUAUACUUGACGAUGACAUGAUACCAGGGAGGAAGAUGCUGCAAAUUUUAUCACAUGUAGCAGGGACCGAAAAGUAUAAGAAUUCUGUUCUGGGAAGCAUUGGCAGGAUUUUGCCUUUUAGGCAAAAGGAUUUUACUUUCCCAAGUUACAGAAAGUUUAGAUCAAAGGAGGCAGGGCUUUAUUUGCCUGACCCUGCUUAUGAUAUCAUGGUUGAUAAGAUUGUGCAGGUAGAUUUUCUAUCUAGCUCAUGGUUUCUUUCUGCAGAGCUUGUCAAGACUCUUUUCAUUGAGACACCCUUCACUUUCAUGACUGGGGAAGAUCUGCACCUAAGUUAUCAGCUUCAGAAGUACAGAAACGCUGGUUCAUUUGUCCUGCCAGUUGAUCCCAAGGACGAGGAAACUUGGGGUGACAGCGAACACAGGCUGGCUUAUGUGUCUGAAACCACAGUAAUUUUCAAAGACAUCGUUCAAGUGCGAGAUGAUCAAUGGUGGACUGCCCUCUCUACUGGUUACAUAACACAAUGGGCUGCAAUGAACCCUCAAAAAAUUGAUGCACUAUUCUAUGCCCAUUCUAUUGAUGAAGUCAAGGCUCUUGCCCCUCUUGUCGAAAAAUUCAGGUCCACUGUUGGCAAGAAGGCUUAUAUUGCUGUCUCUGGAGGCAAUUUCUGCCCUUGUGAAGUUGCUGCUACAGCUUUGAAGUGGCCGAAGGCAGUGUGUAAAGAGAGAAGAUUUAAGAUUUUUGAUUUGGGAAUUGGAGCUCUUUCGGGAUUAUCAAAAUCAGAGGUGCCUGUGUUACAAGCAGUGUAUGCUAGCAUGAAAGGGCUGAUCAAAAUUCACAACCCCAGUGUGGUGAUCACCGUGGCUGAUAUUGAUUCAAAUGUCAAGAAAGCUUUGAAGAUGGCAUCGGAGACUAGUGUAAAUGGUUCAACACUUGUUCUUUUACCAAGGUCUUCUGUUUCAAAAGUUCUCUGGAUGGCUGAUUUGCGGUCUACAGCAUUGCCAAAUUGGAACAGGAUGCAUAUUUCUGUAAAUAUAAUCACCCAGAACCGUGCUGGUUCAUUGACAAGGCUUCUCAAAUCUCUCAGCAAUGCCUACUAUCUUGGAGAUGAGGUCUCUAUCACCUUCAACAUGGACAGCAAAGUGGAUGAGGCAACUCUAAGGCUUGUGAACUCAUUCAAUUGGCCUCACGGGCGCAAAACUUUCCGAAGAAGAAUCAUCCAAGGAGGGCUCAUCCGAGCAGUCAGUGAGAGUUGGUACCCCUCAUCAGAUGACGAUUAUGGCCUCCUACUCGAAGACGAUAUCGAAGUCUCUCCUUACUACUACCUGUGGAUCAAAUAUGCCCUCUUAGCAUACCACUACGAUCCACAAAUAUCUCUUCCUGAGCUCUCAUCAAUCUCCCUUUACACACCACGUUUGGUAGAAGUAGUGAAAGAGAGACCCAGAUGGAAUGCAACCGAGUACUUCAAACGCAUUCAUCCAAACACACCAUAUCUCCAUCAAUUGCCUUGCAGUUGGGGUGCAGUUUUCUUCCCCAAGCAGUGGAGAGAAUUUUAUGUCUACAUGAGCAUGAGAUUCACCGAAAACGCCAAGCAAAACCCUGUCCAAAUUCCCAAGUCAAGAACAAAUGGUUGGCAAGCUUCAUGGAAGAAGUUUCUGAUAGACAUGAUGUACCUCAGAGGCUAUGUCAGUCUCUAUCCCAACUUCCCGAACCAGACGAGUUUUUCGACUAAUCACAUGGAGCCUGGGGCUCAUAUAAGUGCAAAGGACAAUGUGGUUAAGCAUGACAAGAGUGAUUUUGAGGUGCCAUUGUUGAAGGAAGACUUCAGGACCUUCUUGCCAAAUGGAAAGUUGCCUCCAGCCUCGAAGCUACCAUCUCUGAACCUCUUCAAUCAAGCAGUUUCUCUCAAGGGACUUAAGGCUGCAGGAGCAAAAUUGGGUCAGGAUGUGCUUGGAUGCAAUAAUAUAACAGAGAUAGUAAUGGUUGAUCAUGAAACUGGACUCCCUUCACAUUGUGCAAGAUUCUGA